AUGGCCGAGGCACUAACAGUGAUAGAGGUUGCCCUCUGCAUCACUGAGGUUGUCGAGCGACUCUGUACCUUCGUUUCCAACGUGAAGGGUGCCAAAGAUGACAUCCGCAAGCUUACUCAAGAGCUGCUAGCCCUCAAGGGCGCUCUGGAACAUUUUCAUCUUCAGGCCGAAACGGGCUUGUACGCUUCACUCGAGACCAGUGUCCAAUCUGUGCUCGCCAUGACCCAGGAGAACCUGGAUGCAAUGCAGAAGAAGCUGGGGAAGCCCAAAACCUCAAAGCUGGGUCGCGCCGCCCAGAGCCUUGCCUGGCCUUUUCGCAUGGGCGAUGUCGAGAAAUACCUAGCAGCCGCCGAGAGGGCCAAGACAUGGUUCAUCAUGGUCUUGAUGAAAGAUUCGCUCGACUCCACUUCCACUGUCUUGAACGAAAUGCAAAAGCUUACAGCCAUGCUCCACGAAGAGGUCCUGGCUCGAGAGACUGAUCGCAUGCUCACCGAGACGGACAGCCUGUUGAAGUGGCUCUCUCCCGUUGACAGUGAAGCCAGGCUGCGCGACUCGGUAGUCGACCGAGUGCCGGGAAGCGGGCAGUGGAUCCAUGCCGGCCGGUUCGCUCUGUGGGAGAGCGGGAGUCGGACCGCAUGGCCCGUGUUUUGGAUUACCGGCCGGUCGGGUUCGGGAAAGACGGUGCUUUUCUCUCACCUUGUCGAGAAGCUGCAGGGGCACAUCGAGUCCAACACCACGGAAAAAUUCAGCAAACUCGGACUCGGGUUUCACUGCUGCUCCUUGGACGAUGCUGCGUCUCAAGCUGUGCCAAACGUCUUUGGUUCCAUCCUGGCCCAAAUAGGAACAGCGAAGCCCGAGAUUCUUCAAUAUGUGCGACCACUCAGACAAUCGGGCAAUUCGUUGAUACCGCAGAACAAUCUGUCCAUUGGGAACAUCCAUGAUCUCAUGGAUAAGGCACUCGAGCUUUACGAUGUCUUCUAUCUGAUGAUCGACGCCUUGAACGAAACUAGCCAUGAAGCCGUCAUCCUCAAGACUCUGAUAAAUCUUUGCGAGAGGCACAGACAUCUUCGUGUCUUGCUAACUUGCACACGCGAGCCGGCUCUUGCCUCUCCGUUAAUAUAUGUGAAGCAAAUGAACAUGGGAUCUGUCGACCUGGACAUUGAGAAGUACGUCCAACAUCGAUUCUCGACUGAGCACGGCUUCCAAGUGCUUAGUCCCAAGAUCAAGGAGGAGAUUCGGACGAGAGUUGUAGCAGAUGCUUGUGGAACAUUCCGAUGGGCAAAGCUUUGCAUGGAUCGGAUCAGCACACUGCGCACUGGUCGAGACAUUCGGCGAGUUCUUAGCGAUAUCCCUUCCACCCUGAACGAGACAUACGCUGGAAUCCUCAACCGCAUCCCGGGCCAAGACAAGGAUAUCGCCCGAGAAGCCCUCACUUGGCUGUGCUUCUCUCUACGGCCCCUCCGCUUGGUCGAGCUCGCUGAAGCUGUGGUCAUUGAGGAAGGCGACACCGAUAUCGACGGCGACUCCCGAUUGAACGACCCAGCAGUUGUUCCCCAGAUAUGUCUUGGUCUAGUUCACGCCAGCAAAGGCGUCGUCACUCUCGCCCACGACUCGAUUCGGACUUUCCUCCAGUCGGACUGGAUCCGUACUUCCACCGCCUCAGACUUUGCCCUCGACGCGGCCGAAGCCCAUCGCAGAAUCAUGCGCAGAUGCCUCACUUACCUCAACCUCGAUCCUUUCAUCAGUGGUCCCGUGCACUCACUGCCACAGGUUGACGAACGCUUCAGGAAUUACCCAUUGCUUCGAUACGCGACCUUCAUGUGGCCGAUCCACUCCGAGCGAUUCCCUCUCGAGAAAGAGGACGAGAACCUCAUUCUCGACCUUUUCGAAACGAAGAAGCUGAAAAACGGCGGGCCCUUUGAUGCCUGGGUGCAAUUCCUGCUGCGCGAUGUCGAUCUCAACAGCAUCCACAACACACAACCGCUCUACUACGCCGCGUCUUUCAACAUGACUUCGAUCCUAGAGCUGAUCCUCAGACCGGAGCACAACGUCGACGUGAACAAGAGGGGAGGGCGCUACUCUUCCCCGCCGUUGUUCGUGGCACUCUGGAGACGCAAGGAGCAGGCUGCGAAGCUCUUGGUUAAAGCGGGCGCCGACCCGGACAAGAUAGACACGAGCGGACAGACCAGUCGCGACUUGGCGUUGAGAGCGGGCAUGUUCGAUAUCAUCAAGCUCAUGGACGAGGUGUCGCCGGCUAAGACGCCAACUCGGGUGGCUUCAAUUUGA